AUGGUUCCUAAGUUCGUGGCGUUUUUCCUCGUGGCGAUUCAACUUCAGAUGCAAGCAGCAGUGUGCUCGUCGUCUUUGCACCAGCCCCUCACACCGGCAUUGUACGCAUUUGGCGAUUCGCUGUUGGACAGCGGCAACAACAACGUGUUGCCCACCCUCGCCAAGGCCAAUUACCUUCCUUAUGGCGACGAUUUUCCAAAAGGCGUUACCGGACGAUUCACCAACGGGAGGACCGCCGCCGAUUUCCUUGCUGAAUUUCUGGGGUUGCCUUAUCCACCACCAUUCCUGAGUUUUCGGACAUCAGGAGUGAUCACCGGACUAAAUUUCGCGUCCGGGGCAUGUGGCAUUCUCCCUGAGACAGGAAAUGCCAUGGGCAAAUGUCUUAAUUUGGAUGACCAAGUGAGGUUAUUUGAGAGUGCCGCCCUCCAUGAUUUACCAAGACUCUUCAAGAGCUCUGAUGAGCUCUCCAGUUAUUUGGCCAAGUCCAUCUUCGCCUUCGCGAUCGGCAGCAACGACUACCUCGGCAACUACCUCAAUCCAGUGCUCUACAGCACGAGCAAAACCUAUGAGCCUCAGCCAUUCGCGAAGCUCCUCGUCUCUUCGCUUUCUCGGCAACUAGAGAGAUUAUAUAAUGCGGGAGCGAGAAAGUUUGUUGUCUUUGAGAUUGGCCCGAUUGGUUGCAUCCCAACGAUCGCGAAGAAACCGAACCACGAUGGAGUAUGUGACGGAGGACCAAACUUGCUAGUUUCCUACUUCAAUCAGAUGCUUCAACCGAUGCUACAAAACAUGACUUCCAGUCUCGCGGGAUCAAUGUUCGUUCUCGGUCGAGCGAAUGGGCUUGGCUAUGACGCGGUAAUCAAUCCCUCCAGAUAUGGUUUGACGGACUCGAGAAACCCUUGCUGCACAACGUGGGGGAACGGAACCUUAACAUGCAUUCCAUUAUUUACCCCGUGCCUCGACGUCGAUAAACGCUUCUUUUGGGAUGGAUAUCAUCCGACUGAGGUGGCUAACUCGAUCUUAGCUUCAUUGUGUUUCAAUGACACAAAAGUUUGCUCUCCGGUCAACAUACAAGAUCUCGUGCAGAUUUGAGCAUCUCAUUUGAUAAGUCCUAUCUAAGGCUACUUUUCAUCUUGGAUUAUCAUCAUUAUUCGAAGGUCGUCCCUGGCAUAAUGUAAAGGACAGUGUAAUUGUCCUGUGUUGUUCGCGAACGUACAAUAAUGUGGUCCCCAUAUGUAGAC